AUGGGAGUAAUCGAUGAUGUUAAGGAUACGUUGUCCAAGGCUGUGUUUUCUCCUGCCACCCUGUUGACCGGCCGAGGUGGACUCCACAUGUGUCAGAUCAUCCUGUGUGUGGUCACCUUUCUCUUGGGUGCCUUCAGAGGAGGGAGCAGCCAUACUUACUGGAACUACGCCAUGUUCACCUGGGCCUUCUGCCCCAUCAUGACCCUCAUCAUCACCAUCAUUGAGAUGUUCAAGCUUGAUAUCCCACUCAAUCUGUUUUGCAUGGACUGGCCUGACUUUACUACAGGGAUGGCCAUGUCUUCUUCACUCAUGACUGUCUCUGUGGCUAUUACCUAUGCCAACUUCUACGCAUGUCUGAAAUGUGUAUAUGGCUGGAUAGUGAGUAUAUUUGCUUUCUUGUGUGCCAUUCUCUACAUACUUGAGGUGGUGAAGGAUAAAUUUCUAGACAGGAAGAAAGGGAGCUACCUGGCUGCCCUGCCAGGAUUCUGGAAAGUUAUGGAGGCGUUUGUAAGCUGCAUGAUUUUCAUAUCACUCUCUGGUUACAGAGACAAGCCAGCUCUCAUCUUUUGUGUUAUAGCAUAUAUCAUUCCUUUCCCCAUCCUGCCUAUUAUCAUAGCCACCAACAUCCUCAAAAAACUGAAAAAGUGUUUGCCCUUUAACUUGGACAGGUUUGUGUUUAUAUUUCUUGUGAUCUCAGUUGUGCUGUAUGUAUUUGCUGCUAUCAUCUGGCCCAUUUUCAUGUUCAAAAACAAUCCUCGUCCCAAGGACUGUCCUCCCAGCUUCUGUAUCUGGGCCAUUGAGUUUAUGGUUGCGUUCUUUACAUAUGUGAAUCUCAUUCUUUUCGUAGUGGACCUAAUUUUUACCCUCCUUGGUAUCUGUGACUUUAAACGCACAUAA